UAAUCGUCACACGUGACGUCGUGGCCAGAAACGCCGGUAGUUUCGCGGUCAUACGACACGUUUCAGCAACUUUGGCACUAAAACUCGGACAUUUGUAUGGAUUUUCUGCGAUUUUAGUCUCAACCUGUCAUCAUGGUGGACGUAUUCGACUUGGACCUUGACACAGAGGGCCAGGAUAACUAUUCUGAUGACGAACUAGACGACCAGUUUCUGGACUGUUCAGGGGGAUCUGGAAGUUUCCUUACCAGAGCUGAUGACCUAGAGACAGUGGACAUCCAUGAGGGUACAGUGAACAGAUACCAUGAGAAAGUCGGUCCAGAACACUUCCAGUUGCUGAAGGUUCUUGGGAAAGGCGGUUACGGGAAGGUCUUUCAAGUCAAGAAAACACAAGGUGGCAACCAAGGCAACAUCUUUGCCAUGAAGGUCCUGAAAAAGGCAAGCAUAGUCAGAAAUCAGAAGGACACAGCACACACCAAAGCCGAGAGAAAUAUUCUGGAAGCAGUCAAGCAUCCGUUUAUUGUAGAUCUCCAGUACGCCUUCCAGACAAAUGGUAAACUGUACCUCAUCCUGGAGUACCUCAGUGGAGGAGAACUUUUCAUGCAGCUGGAGAGGGAGGGAAUCUUCAUGGAAGACACAGCCUGUUUCUACCUGGCUGAGAUCAGCCUUGCCCUGGCUCACCUCCACAGCGAGGGGAUCAUCUACCGUGACCUCAAACCCGAAAACAUCCUUCUGGACCAGCGAGGUCAUGUCAAACUCACCGACUUCGGGCUGUGUAAAGAGUCCAUCUACGGCACACAGAUGACUCACACCUUCUGUGGGACCAUUGAGUACAUGGCCCCUGAAAUCCUGACCAGGAGUGGCCAUGGGAAGGCUGUGGACUGGUGGAGUCUGGGUGCACUCAUGUAUGACAUGUUAACAGGAGCACCACCCUUCACAGCAGACAACAGGAAGAAAACAAUUGACAAGAUCCUCAAGGGGAAGUUGAAUCUCCCUCCUUACCUCACACCUGAAGCCAAGGACAUCCUCAAGAAGCUGUUGAAGAGACAUGUGCCAGUCAGACUGGGGACUGGUCCAGAGGAUGCUGAGCCUAUCAAGAACCAUGCAUUCUUCCGUCAAAUCAACUGGGACGACCUACUCCAGAGAAAGGUGGAGCCUCCCUACAAACCUGAAAUAGUGAGUGAGGAAGACGUGAGUCAGUUCGACACAAAGUUCACCAAACAGACACCAGUGGAUAGUCCCGACGACUCCAUGCUCAGUGAAAGUGCCAAUCAAGUGUUCCAGGGUUUCACAUACGUCGCCCCUUCCCUCCUGGAUCACAUGAUGAGAAUGGGCGGACACAAACCACGAUCACCACGCAAGUGGGGCAUGAUGGGCAGCCCGGUCAGCAGGGGCGGUGUUCUCAGCCCAACCAAGUUUCCCUUCUCGGACGGAAGCCAGGCUUCAAACUCCAACGACGUGGAGCCCAUGGACGUAACCAUGGGCAACGGAGACUUGCCAUUCCACACCGCCAAGACGUCCAGUAUCGCCAUGCCGACCACCAGCGUGGCCCACACGGCCACGGCGUACCCCGUCCCCACCACCAGGCCGGACCACCUGCGACUGACAUGAACCGACGAAAGUAUCGCACACCCACUGAUGCAUGCUGUUGCUCUUGUGGAAAGAGGGAAGAUGCCAGAAAACUUGGACAAGUGUGAAAAUAAAAACACUCUUUUUACCUCAUUUUACGGUCCCAUGGUGCUUUGCAAAAUCUUUGUUCACAAACCUCCACCUUGAACAAUCGCAAAGCAUCAUGGGACCGUAAAUAUGAAAUUUGAUCAACAAAGAAAAAUCCUUUUCCAGAAUCACUCAAGGUUGCAACAAAUUUCAUGUUAAUUUUCCUCGAGUAAAAUUCGUUUCUCUUCUUAAGUCCAGUCAUGGCAACAGCAUGCAUCUCAACCAAUUCAAAUCUCCUAUUAUUUAUUAACCUUUUCAGGAAUCAAAAUACUUGAAGGAUAUUUGUACAGUUGCAAUCACGCAGCCCUCCUACAGAAUGGAAAAGGGGCAAAUUGUUAUACCUUUAACUUUGAUGGAUAUUACAUCAAGCUCCUAGCAACCUAUGUGUGUACUACAGUGUUCAGUGCUCAAAGGUGUCACUUUGAGUGUAAUAAUAUGAUCCUCUGCUGCUAAACACUGAAAUUUUUUGUCACGACAUUGAAAUAAUGCCUUAAUAUCAGGAUGCAAAGACUACCUUCUCGCAUAAAAGUUAUGUAGUCUUGUAAGAUGGAGCUAGGAGUAAACAUUUUUUUGUUUCCAUUUUAUAUGCAAUCUUCAAAUGGUGCAUCGUAGAUGUUUGCAGAUAUGCCAUGUUGGGUAGCCAACAAAAAUGUAGACAAGAUUAGUAGGAAGCUGCAAUUGUGGAUAGGCUGGUAAAUAAUCAGUUAAUAGAAGAUGUUAGGAUAAUCACAGUGCAAAAGCUAGUUAAUCUCUGCAAGUCGUCUAAAUUGGAGCCUUUAUUGAGCAUUUUUCUACAGAUAAACCUAGGAGUAAAGUUUGAUGAGCCAAUGUUUUGUACAAAGAAGCUUCCGUGCACAGUGAGGGGGCAUUGUUGUAGAUAAAAGGAUGUAUGUUCCAUGAACCAGUAGAAAGUUGUAUUUCAUAAAUGAUUUAUUUUUCUUUCCGUUGUGAUUUUAUUUGAUCGUCAAAUCUGCCAUAGUUGACAUGAUGAACGUUGAAAGGGCUCAUAGCAAGAGUUCAGUGUAUCAAAGUCAUCAUAUUUUUGUGUUAAACAUUGAAAGGUCAUUCGUUGACAGUCUACCAUGUUGAAGCUUGAAUGAAGAUUUAUCUUUUAACCAUUUAUCCUGUAGGUUUUAUUUGUGUGUAAGUAAAUACUCAGCAUGUUCUUUCUUUAUUAAUGUGAAAUUAAGCUAAACUUAAACAGUGUACAGCUUACAUAGUGUUGUUCAGAGUCAGUUCAUGUAUUAAUAACUACCUUACAUGAUCUGAUUCCCGAUAAGCGACAGUUACGUCAUUUGUAACUGCACACAUCUCGAGCUUCAUUUCGCUUCAUAGACAUGCAAAUUGUAAGUAGGAAAAGGUGUGGGCUCAGCACAAAGUAGAAACAGUGAAGUUUUUGGGCUCUCAACUGGCUUGAAUUUUAACGAACUCCAAGAAUAAUGGAAAAUGUCAGCCCUUAGGCACUAGACUAAUUUUCCUAAACAUGUGAGCAGUUGUGGUAUUGGUAAUUUUUUUCAGAUGAAUAGCUACAAAUGGUCAAACGACAGCCAAAAUGGUCCCACUAAAAGAUGCUGCUCUGUUAAACUUAGAUAGCACAAGAAAGAACAGUGUAGCACAUUAUUUUCAAGAGCAAUUAAGACAGGCAGCACAAGUGUGAAACAUGUUAAACAAAAGUGAAUCUAUUUUGGACAACCUAGUAGUAUUUGAAUGGUAACAAUGUCAAUGUUUAAGUUAUUGAUAUGCCACACUGUAUAGAGGGAUUAGAGUCAGGGUAAUUCAACUCAGCAAUCUGCAUUUUUCCACAUUAAAGAACAUGACUUUCUGAUGUAUAGUUAA